CUUGAAGGAAUGUUGUAAUUAGGACCGAGUAUAGACGACUCAGAAAAGUGUUGUAAGGCUGCAGAAGUGAGAGGAAGGAUUAUUUUUGUUUAGCCUCAAGCGCGUUAAAGACACAAUCCGUCACACGUGCAUCAGAAAGCAGGAUCUUCGAUAAAGACAGCGAAGGCAGCAGAAGCGUCAGUCUUCCGCCUGUGGGAUACGCACACGCAGCUACGAGACAUGACCGCUUCUGUUGUCGUCCGAAGGUUGGCAGCUCUCUCAGGGGCUUCGGCGGUGGUCGCUGGGGCGUACGGGGCUCACGGUUUCAAAAACAGUGACCCUGAUGAUUACCAGAGAGUGCUAUUUGAAACUGCCAACAAGUACCAUUUCUACCACAGCCUGGCCCUGCUGGGUGCUGCCCACUCUGGCAAACCCGCUGUGGCCGGUACCCUCCUCAUAGCAGGUAUGGGGAUGUUCUGUGGCUCUCUGUACCACCAGGCUUUGACGGGGGACCCUGGUCUACGCAAGGUGGCUCCCAUGGGGGGCGUUGCUAUGAUCGUUGGCUGGCUGGCCAUGAUUCUCUGAACUGUAACAGCUCACAACUGCUCCACAGGGCCACUAUACGACACCAAACUCUCAGACUACUAAUGGCUGAACUGGAGAGCCUGUGGGUGUUGGCUGAGAAGUUGUGCUUGAAGUGCAAGUGAGUUAGGUCACCCAUCUAACCACUCCCUACAUCGGGUUGUGGGUGUCAGCAGGUGAUAAGGUCACAACAGGAUUAUCACUUUUCAAGCAUUGCUGACUGUUUUCGACUGGUGCCCUUUGACUGUUUUUGUUUGAGUUAAACUGAAUAAGCAAAUGAAUACAGUAUGUGGUUCAUUUUGUCAUCUUAAGAAUUUGUUGAUGUAACAUUUUCAAUGGCAUGUCAAUUCUGCACUGGGAUAGAAAAUCAUUAACGAGCUAAUAGAAAUUUCCAAUGUUUUACAUAGAUUUCUGGCCGUAACUGAUACAAUAAUAUUUCUUUUAAUUCUUUAUUUUUACUAUAUUUCCUUACUACAGCAAAUACAGUUUAUAUACUGUACUGCAUAGGUAUGGUGAAUGGGGUAAAAAUGAAGAAAGGAAUAUGAAGGAUUUGGGAUGAAAUAAAGGCUCUUUCUUACA